ACCCCAUUUAGUGAACCCCCACUCUCUGCCGCCACUUUAUCAUUUUCUCCCUGAUGUCCCUAGACGCCUCUGAUGACAAUCACCAUAGCGGGUGCCUUUCUCUAAGACGCUUGUUCAAGUUGAAACCUCAGCUUACAUCUAAGAGUUCCUCAAAACAACCUAAAUCAUCCCAUAUAUAUGGUCAGACGCUCAACGCAUCCGAUUCAGAAUGGGCCGUUGAUAUCACCGAUCCGACCUCCCGGGUGUUUUAUGACACGUCUUGUGACUUUGGAUGCAGCAAAAUCAAUGCUGCAGUAUGCCAGUGGGAGGCCCCUCCUGUUUAUUCAGACCUGCCUUCUCCCAGUGAUUCUAUACGUAGAGAAAUCAGGCACACCAUCGAAACCGUAGUCGACACACUUGAUUCCUCCCUACGAUCUCUAAGUCUCCAGAUUCACAGUCACCCAGAAUUAAUGUUUGAAGAAAUAUUUGCUCACGAUAUUCUGUCCGAUUACAUGGAAAGCCACGGUUUUUCUGUGACGAGGCAUUAUCUUGGUCUCAAGACUGCAUGGAAGGCUGAAUUCACCCACGGAAAUGGAGGCAGAACCCUUGGAAUUAACUCCGAGAUGGACGCAUUACCUGUGAUCGGGCAUGCUUGUGGCCACAACCUCAUUGCAAUCAGUGGCGUAGGUGUGGCAUUAGCAGUCAAAUCCGCUUUGGAAACCUACAACGUUCCCGGCACGGUGAUUCUACUAGGGACACCAGCUGAAGAAGGUGGUGGUGGAAAGAUUAUCCUGCUUGAGCGAGGGGCCUACAAAGGGAUGGAUGCUUGCUUAAUGUGCCAUCCUUGCUCUGGACCCGAAUUAUCUUCGUAUGUGGUAUCUUCUCUGGCGAUGCAAUCUAUAGAUGCCGAAUUCUUCGGGAAAUCCGCUCAUGCUGGAGAUGCUCCAUGGGAAGGUGCCAACGCACUUGAUGCUGCGUUCUUAGCAUACUCCAGUGUCUCGGUAUUACGACAGCAGAUUAAACCUGACCACAGAGUACAUGGCGUCAUAAAUGGCAGCGAAGGAGCUGCGAACGUGAUCCCUGACUAUGCCAAGAUGAGGUGGUAUGUCCGAGCGCCGACGCGGGACCAGUUAGCGCAACUGACAGAAAGAGUUUGCGCUUGUUUUGAGGGUGCCGCAUUGGCAACUUCCUGCCGUCUCAAGAUCACGAACAGUACCCCCUAUUACAAUUUACGGCAAAAUAACAUCCUUGCUGGUGCCUUCUCUCACGCAAUGAGUGACGAAUCUGGCAUGACUGUCGGGCAAUAUCCGUCAGGGGCGUCCACAGAUUUCGGCAAUGUCUCAUACGUCUUACCCUCCCUGCAUCCAGCUUUUGCCAUCCCUACGCAGCCCAAUGGGGGAAACCAUUCGCCAGCAUUCGCCGAUUCUGCGCGAACCACGGAAGCCCACAAAGCAUGUAUGAUUACUACCAAGGCCUUGGCGUGUACAGGCUUCCGUGUUCUGGAAGACGGUGGUUUUUUCAAGCGGGUACGAAAGGACUUCGAGGCCAGCCCGUGUGAUCCAUGAUGGAGAACGGGGGUGUACGAUUAAUAUGUAGAUUCAAACUCAGAGAUAGGUAACUACUGCACUAAAGUAUCAUAGAAAAAAAU